GCACUAUUAUUCAUCGGAAGAAACAUAAUAUGAGACUCAUCAUUCUAGUACACAUUCUCGCCACCAUUAAACUCUGCAGUGCCGGCUGGCCCCGGUGUUUGAGGUGUUGCCUCAAGGGUAGUGAAGAUGAUGGAGUACAAGAUGCUUAUACUCGCGGAGAACAAGGAGCUAGUGGAUCAAGUGUCCCUCUGGAAGAACUACAUGAAGAAAUACAUUCCUUUUUAUCUGGGGAAGGUGAUGUACCUCAACCUACCAGACCUCAACCAAUUACCCGCGCUUUGGAUCUUUCAAAACCAGAUAAGACUGUAACAUCUUUAGAGAUACACAGGAAGGCUGGCGUAAAGUACAAAAACUACUACGAAAAGGUGGAUUGUCAGAUAACUUCAGUGGUUGAUGGUAACCAGGAGCUUUGGGCUAUUUCUGACCAAGAACAAUACCUACUGGCGGAAAUAUACGAGAGGGGACGAUCGACCCUCCUUCGCAUAGAUGUGAUAAAUCCUGAUGAAUAUAAGCCGAAGCUGUUUGAAAAGGUAGAUGGAAAAUGGAAUGCUAUUGGUAUUUUGGAAUUUUUCAGAAAACUGGAUGUUAUGCGCAAGUCUGGACAGGCAUCUGGGUCGAUCUCUUCUAGGUCAUCAUAUUUCAGUUCAAUAUUUCCUGGUUCAAGCACAGAAUAAUGGAGGAUUUUUUACUCUUAGAGGGUCACAAAGGUGUGAAGGUUGGGGGAUGUAAAGGGAUCAUGAAUAUUCCUUGACCUUUCUUCCAGAGGCAGUCCCUCAUUCUUUGGGGCAUAGCAGUCGCAGCCUCAAGACCUACCAUCGUGCCUAUUCUCUAGGAUGCUCCAUUCUUGCCAUAUUAUACACUCGUUUCGCUUAUAGUAGCUCAUGCUUAUCCACCUCGGUAAACUCACUCCGCUAGUACUCGCGUAGCUACUUCAGCUGUACUUCAUUCGCUUCAUUUACAUUACAGAAUCAUAUAUUCAAGUUUACCAAAAACAAGGCUUGUACAAUACGAUCAUCCCAGAGACGGAGGAUUUGGAUAUGUUCGCAUAAUAUACACCUUAAAGCCUGUUACACUUUUC